AUGAUGGGCCCGCUGUUCAUCUUCGAGCAGCAGAGCAGCUUCAGUACACCAGCCGUCGACCACCUCAUCACAUCGGAUAUCCAGCAUCAAAUGGUUCUGCCAAGACCCCUCAAAUCGCUCGUGCUCAAGAAUAACGGGACUUUUAUCGGGCUUGAUGACGAUCAGCUGGUAGAGGUCAUCGAGACGAGUCAAUGGGCCGUCGAGUUGGCCAAGCGGAUCCAGGGUACG